GUGAGUGUGGUGGUCCCUGCAGAGCUGGUCUGAGCCCUUGGGAGUUUCAGCCAUACAGGCUGUACAGGAGUACAACCUCCAAACACCAGCAAAUAUGACGAUGAUGAUGAAAGUAGAAGAGCUGGUGACUGGGAAGAAAGUGGAUGAUAAAGAGACCGGCAGCUUCCUCCCUGAGGACUUCAAAAAUGGGGAGUAUGAAGCUGCUGUGAGAUUAGAGAAGCAGGAUGACCUAAAGACAGUCUCUGAGCACUCACUGACCCGAGGUGAUCUGGCUUACGAGAAGGAGAAAAACCUAGAAGCAGAGUUGAAGAAGAAGAAAUUAGAGGCAAGGACAAAACUUGAAAACUUGGAGGAUCUUGAAAAAAUUAUUCAGCUGAAGAAGAAGAAAAAAUGCAAGAAAGUGAAAGUGCCCAUUUUAAAGGAACCUGAACCAGAAGUUAUUACAGGACCUGUGGAUAUACCCACGUUCUUUAAAGCUGCGCUGGAGAAUAAGUUGCCAGUAAUUGAAAAAUACCUGUCAGACAAAGGGGAUCCAAAUGUCUGUGAUGAGUACAAACGCACUGCAUUGCACAGGGCAUGCUCUGAAGGACAUCUAGAGGUGGUGAAAAAGUUGGUGGAAGCUGGAGCCCGGCUUGAACAGAAAGACAUGCUUCAAUCUACAGCUCUGCACUGGGCAUGCCGGGGAGGCAGUCUGGAUGUUCUGAAAUUCUUACUGGACAAAGGGAUAAACAUAAAUGCAAGAGAUAAGCUGCUCAGCACCCCUUUGCACGUGGCUGUGAGAACGGGACGAUACGACUGUGGGGAACAUCUCAUUGCCUGUGAAGCAGAUCUCAACGCCAGGGACAGAGAAGGAGACACUCCAAUGCACGACGCCGUGAGGCUGAACCGCUACAAAAUGAUCCGGCUUCUGAUUCUGCACGGAGCAGAUUUAACUCUAAAGAACUGCCAAGGGAAAACCCCCAUGGAUCUUGUUCUUCAGUGGCAGAAAGGCACCAAAGAGAUAUUCAACAACCUGAAAAACAAUUCCAAAAAGAGUGUCCAUCCAGGCAAAUUCUGAAGAGAGAAACCAGACCACUCUCUUUUUGCUGCUUUGAAAUGCUUCACUCGAACCUGGAUGAAGAUGCCCUUGAACACAGUAUUUUUAUUGAAAAUAUUUAUGGCACUGGAUUAUUUGAGGUAUCUUCACCGAAAACUGCAAAAAAACCCCUGCAAAGUAAUCAUUUUAAAAGACAGAUUGAGUGUUAAAAUUCCACUGGCUCUAAAAUGGCUUUAUUUAUUUCUAUUUAUUAUUUAUUUAUUUAAAAGCAAUUUUUAAUGAUUCUUAAUAUUAUUUAAUAGAGCUUUUUUUUAAUAGAGCUUUACAUCCUAAUGCAAUCUUUGUCAGCAACAUAAAUUCUUUUAUCUUAAAUGGCAGUAUUUCCAACCACAUUAGCAACUUUCCUCAAGCCUUCCAACAGCUCUAAAUAGUGAAUACUUGCAAUUGUUGCCUUGUCUCUGCUGAAUUCUCACUAUUAAAAUAAUCUGUGAAAUGAGCGGUGAUAUGUGGAAGGGCAAUGGAAGAAGGAACACUGAGAUGCCAAGUGGAUUUAAAGAAGUAGUUGAGUAAUGGUGUUUACACAGGGUUUGGCAAUCGUGGUUGAUAAAGAGCUCGAGGACAGAGCUCCAACCAUCAUGUAAUCAUUUGGACUGGAGGAUUCAGAUGCCAUGUUGUGAAGGUGAGAGGAGGCAGUAUCAGAAAUGUGAAUUUUUUUUUAAGCUAGACUACUACAAAGUAUGAUGACUGAAGAAUGCAAAAUCAGAUUAUGUAUAUUUGUAAAUUUGUACUGCUUUUUCUGUACAUUUUGAACUGAUCCAUUUCAGAUUAAAUAAACAGAGUGGUUUCUUUUUA